AUGCUCGGCGACAAGGACACCGUCGUCAUCGACGUUCGCAACUAUUACGAGACGUGCAUCGGACGCAUAGAACCCCCGAGGGGUGGCGCCGAGUUCCUCGACCCGAUGAUGCGAAACAGCCGCGAGUUUCCCAAGUGGCUCAACGCCCCGGAGACCAAGGAGAAGCUCAAGGGCAAGAAGGUGAUGAUGUACUGCACGGGCGGCAUUCGGUGCGAACGAGCCACCGCGCUGCUGUCGCAGAUGGAGCGAGCCGAGGACGAGCUGCAGACGCAGGGCAUCUACCACGUUAGGGGCGGGAUCGACCGGUACCUGAAGACGUUUCCGGAGGGGGGAUACUGGAAAGGUCGAAACUACCUGUUCGACCUGA